AUGGAGGAGAGUGUUGUAGUCUCUCCCGAUGAUACGAUCAUCUUGGACACCACCGACGAGAGUAUUAUUUUUGAAAAACUGGUCUGGUCCAAGCCCAGACCUCGACUUAUGGAAAGACAAAGAAGAUGCUUCCUUUUUCAUUGUCUCCUUCGAUGGAACGAUCGCAAAUUCGAAGAUGUAUACGAUGAACUCCUUAUCAAAGUCAUGGCAAGUGGUUUGGUUAAGAACGUUUAAUUUCUUAGAACAUUGAUACCUACCACAAAGUAAUUUCCCCGGUUUUAGGGUGUUUCAAAGCCGUUUUUGGAGACAAUUUGUGAAUUGCUGAAUAACAGCCAUCUCGAAUUUUGUGCAAAUUGGAAUCCAGUGCGAAUUCUGACAAAAUAUGGAAACCAAAUUGUGAUGGACUCAAGGAUAACUUUAAUUUUGCAUCUGUUGGUUCGAUUUUACGUUUCUUCGUUAGAUCUCUCAAUGCAUUUCCGAAACAAGCUAAAAAACAAGAUGGUUUCCACACUAGAAUGCGUGAAAGGUCUGAUUUUUAUUGUCUUAUCUAAGUUUAGGUAACAAAUUUUAAAAAUCAUCUAAAAUAAGCAAUUUUGUCGUAUUUUAGUGCUCCAAAUGGAUCAUUCAGUUACUUCAAGGCUGGAUUAUGAUGUAUUCAAGUUGCUUUUAUUCGGAAGGGUUCUCAAAUGCAAUUCGGAGUUCAAUUUGAUUAGUUGUUACCCAAAUCACUUGAAAGAUAUCCCUCAUAACGUCCGAACAAAGGUCUUACGAUUAGAAUACUCUACUCGAAGUCCGUCUGCUCAGAUCACGGCUGAUUUUUACGCGCAACGAAUCAGUUUACCUUACUUUAGGGAUCCAAAUUUGGCCAAAAAGAUGAUACCAAGGUAAGUAGUUUAAAAAAAAGUUUAGACUAAUUACGAGUGCUCUCAGAUUGUUUAUUAUAUAAUUCGCGCUAAAUCCAAAUAUUUUUUUCAGCGGAGCCAUCCAAACUUCCAUCAGUGAAUUUGAAAUUAUGAUGACAUUGGACUGCACAGGCCCUGUUGAAUAUGAUUACUUCCAAAGUUUUAACGAAUAUCGGGCUUGCUUCCCCCAUGUGAAAAAAUUUAUCGUUAAAUUGUUGCUCCAGAUUUAUCCAACAAGUCCUUUGGUAAGAUUUUUCUCAUCUGAGAUCAAGCGCCAUAUAAGUUUUAUUCUGAAUUUGUGCCAAGUUUCAUCCAAAUCUGAGCAUCGCACUACUUCCCUGUAAAUUUUAAUAUUUAGAAUGCCCAAACAUCCCACUCGCUCAUGUCCCUGAUCCUUCGUCGAUGGAGAAGCGCUGGUCUCCACAUUACAGUAGAAGUUAGAUAUUUUAUUAUCCAAUCCGCCGAUAUUACUUUAGAUGAAAACUAUGUUGUAGCAGAAUUAAAUCGCCUUAUUUUUGGAGAAAACGGCUUUCAAACUCUCCGAGGAGGCUCCGUAUGUCAAUUACAAGACUUGAAUACUGUUGUGACUGUAAAAUUAUUACACUAACGUUAUUGUUUUAAGUUGUUUUUUUUGUUACGUUACUCAUAAAUCAGUUGUUUUCCUAAGGUCGCCUACUCGAUUUCAGCUUUUGGUUUGCUUUUCCAGCAGUCGUUGUCUUUUGUGUUAACGGUUGUAUCAUUUACAGCCGAUCUUUGGCCAAAUUCCCUAAGGGCAUUUUGAUGGGGAAUGUCUUUGGAAAAUGAUCGAACGGAAUGGCGAUGAAUAAUGUAUGAGGAAUCAAUGGACCAAAUGCCAUACAUUCGAACGAAAAUGGAGCCAUUACAACUCGACUGAGUUGUUUGCUUUGUACUUUUCUCACAAACUGAGUUUACUGAGGGUACUUUUAUUGCAAAUUGAUGGUCAGAGACUGUUUUGGACAGAGCCAUGUGAUCGCCAGUGACCCUCGGUGUCUCCCCUCCAAGAAGGGGCUCAAUUUCCUCUCCAACUUCCAAAAACAUGACGUCAUUUUGUCAACAUUCUCACGUUUCCACCUCCACGGAACGCUCCUGCAGAACCUCCGACGGCUAUUUUUACGGAUUCUGCAUGUGUAAUCAGCCCCCCACGCUGGGCCGCUGGAACAAAGUUCGGGGCGGGGAAAGCGGAGCAAAAAGACGAUGCCUUUUUGUGACUUGAUUCCCAGAACCCUUAUCAAUUUUGAUUAAGUUGAACAAAAAAGGAGGCCCCCUUUAAUCUCCCACACAAAUAAGCCACGGGACGGACCGAGCACUUAUCUAAUCAAGGGAUAUCUGACCGAAAGCAGGGCCGCUUCAUGGAUAAGGUCCGGCUGGUCAUUGAUACGGACGGCGUUUCGGACGAUGUCAGGGCCAUCUCCUUGGCUCUACAGCACCCAAAGGCCGAAGUAAGUCAUAAUCUUACACUAUUUUAACUUGACAAAAAAAUUGCAAAAUUCUCGUUCAAAAUUCAAACUUUUUUCCACAUUUUUUAAAUUCCGUAUUUUAGGUAGUAGCGAUCUCAACAGUAGCUGGUUGUGUGCCGGUGGAUCAAGCGGUGGCCAAUGUGGUCCGUACCCUCAGGGCAAAUUUGGUUUCUGGUGUGAGUUUUCCGUUUAAACUUCGGUUUCCCGCAUUAAUUUUUCAUUAAACUAGAAUUGAAUAUCCCACAAUUGCUAUUGGGAUGGCGAAGAUAAGGAGCGGAAGAGGUCAUCAUCAUACAUAAUGCGAUUAAUAUUGUGUCUAAACACAAAAAACAAAGAAAAAGUUUUAGGCUGGAUCAUCUAAAAUAAUAAGAGUGAAAAAAGAGUUUAUAAAAUCCGGCAUGAUGACAAUAUCGAAUUGCUAGUAUAGAAUGAAUACUGUAAACAACAUAUUUCAAAAAAAUUCCGCGCGAAAUGGCACAUCUUGUAUAUAUUUUCGGCGAAAACUUCAAAAUUCCCGCCAAGAUUUUGGUCCCUUGGACUCGAAAGUUCAGAGUCAUCAAUUCCGCUACUAUUUACAUAGAAGCUUGUUCCUGCCGUGAGUAAUCAGAAGCGCCCUCGACCACCUUCUUCCUCCUCUCUUAUCAUGCCGAACUGCUAAAUUUUCUGUCUGGUUUCAUUCCUCCGCCGAUUACACCCAAAAAUAGACCGAGCAAGCUCCUUUUCUCUGCGGCCUUACCGGCAUCACAAGUCCUCAAACACGACGAUAAACAGAUUAAUGCAACAUAGAGCCGCUUAUGCCCUGCGGACCUUGAGACAUUCCCAACAAAAGGUCACCACAAAAACGACGUCAACAGGCGAUGGGCCCAUUAAUCUAAAGUGGAAGGUUUGGACGGAAAAAAAACAAUGCUAUGUUACAACCGAUGGUCCGGCGAGCUGCGGCUAUUCAUCAAGCGAGCGGAGAGUGGUGGAAAAGAAUGCCAAGUCCAAAAAGUUGCACGUCAACAGCAAAAUUUUCGAUAAAAGACCAUUAAUGACCUUAAACAAUAUAAGAAAUGUGAAAAACUUGUGAUUCGUGCCCGUAAAACGGUAAAUUAGAAUAGAAGAACUUUAGAGAUACCAUCGUAUCUUAAAAAUUGAAUGUGUCAUCAUGACGGAUUUUUAGAUUUUCGCAACAAAAAAUCAAAAAUUGUGGUGAUUCCUAAUCUAACCGAUAAGCUUCCUCGCGUAACCGAUAACGGGCUCAAUUACUGUUCUGUACCACCAGUAGUACAUGUUUGUUUUUGUAAACAACGUCAUUAAAAAAAUGUUUGUUGACUUUUUAGCGGAAUUUAAAGUUUCAUUUAAAAGGUCAUUCCCAUAAAUAUUAAAUGAGCAAUGACUGCAAAAAAGCCGUUAAACAACCCCUUUUCAGGUGCCAAUUUUCAAAGGAGCCGCGAACCCGAUGAUAACAAGUCAUCACAUUCGUCGAAAUGAGAAGAUUUUGUUCGGAGAAGAUGGCCUCGGCGAUUUUCCCGAGGAAUUUCCCUCGGUUCAGCCCUCCGAUUCCAAUGGCCACGAACCGGAAAUGCCUGCGGCAUGGGCAUUGGUCAAUUUGUUUCGAGAGCAACGAGAUAUGACAUUGGUUUGCCUGGGGCCAUUGACCAAUAUCGCACUUGCUUUGAAACUAGAACCUCGAUUUGCUGAGUACCCCAAGAACAUUGUGAUUAUGGGAGGAAACAUCUAUGGAAAGGGCAACAUGUGUCCCAAUUCCACGGCCGAGUUCAACUUUGCCCAUGAUCCAGAGGCCGCCUAUAUUGUUUUAAACGAGAUGAGAUGCCCAGUUACAGUAAUCCCUUGGGAAUCAUUUCUACAUGAGAGCAAGAUCACCAAGGUCGACUUCCACGCCCACUUAUGGCUGGAUGUCCCAUUGGCCAAGUUCUUUGAGAUGGCCACCAGAAAAGGGCGAUCGGUCUUGCAGAGUGUGGAGAGACAGUAUGGGUAUUGCGACGAGGUCGCCAUGGGGAUCGCCAUUGACCCGGAGGGCAUGAUUUUGCAGGACGAGAUUAUGCAAGCCUCCGUGGAACUGCAAGGAGCUUUAACACGGUAAGAAGCAAAAAAUAUGGCCAAUUAUACUGUUAAUAUUGUCUAGAAAUUGUUUCGGAAUCCCUGGCAAUCAGUUAAACUCAUCUCAGACUAAAAAUAUAGGCCAUCUAAAAAAAUUGUUUUUACCCAUCAUGAAUAAUAUAAAAAACCGAAACUUCAGAGGCCAAAUCGCGAUAGAUUGGAUGGAAGGAAUCUGGCCCGAGACUAUGAGCUCCCCGAUUCACAGGAUAAACAAUCAAGUUCGGUUCGUGCUCGCUUAUAACGUGGCAGUACUUGAUAAGAUGAUAUUCGAUACGAUAAAAAGGUCGGAAGAGCGGAGGAUCAAGCUCUCUUCAUAA